AUCUCUCUCAGAUGUCAGUGCCGCAGGAGCAUACACCAUCCCAUCCUUCAGCGCCUUUGGCAAGCAUCAUUAGGGAGCGCUAGCUAGGGCACCAUUGCCCGGAGAGUCUAGUACUGUUUGCCUUCUCACCUGCAAUUGUGUGACAAUAUGACAUUCACGCUGGCGAGUAUUGCAAGCACUCUGCAACGCUUCAGAACGCAGCGCUUUCGGCUGCUGGUCUUGCAAGCAGGCUCUCCUUUGGAUCUCCCUCGAGGAUUGCAUUGACACUGACGGGAGCGCUGACUGCCUUGAUGAACGCAAGCAUUUAGCUGAGAAGCAGGGUCGGGCUACACCCAAGCCAUGAGCACUGAGCGAGGCGCACUCAAGCGGAAGGCGCAGCUGAACAGCAAAUCCUCUGCGACACCAAGAGCAAGACCGACGGCAUUGUUUGGCGCCUGCAACCCCUUGAGCGCAGCUGGGGGACAUCACCAAAAAGUUCAACCAGGUGCUGUCGAAUCCGCUGGCCAAGGACAUGCUGCUUUUAGGCUCGAACCCGCAAGGAGAUUACGUCACCUGGGUCAAGAGCGCCUCCGCGGAAAUGGCCCUCCAGGCUCUCAGGACCUUCAAGCUGACGUCCUCACAAGUAUGGACAGCGUCCUCCGCACCACAAUGACCCAGCUGCGGCGACACUCGCUGCAUUGGAGCGGGACCUGCCACGCCCCCCGCUCCGUGCUAGGAACGCGAGCAUGCUGUCCAAGGACUUGCCCAACAUGGAGCAACCUACUCCCUCUUCUAGCAAGUUUGAAUCUUAGUAUCACCGCAUUGGUCCAAGUUAAUGUAGACAGCGAAUUUAAUGAAGGUCUCCCAAGAAUCGUCUGAUGACACGAACGGGAAAGAGACACUUGAUGCCGUUUGUCAAUGAGGAGAGAGCACGCAGACCGAAAUUAACGUUCGCUUGUGAUAAGUAUCGAGUCGGUACGUGUACUAGAGGCUGCCGAGGACUUUCACUUUUCUCCAGAAAGGACGAAGUAGGUGUCGGCUCGAACACUUUGGCUAUGAAGCAGAACGGAAGCAUGUCAUAGACACAGAGUCCCGCAACUAGACCGAUGAGGUGGUGAUGCAUAUGAAUUGUGCGCCAAGUACGUCCGAGAUCGCAGUUUGUGCGCGACUUGCCCCAAUGAUGAGUUCAGGGC